GAUCAAUACUAGUACAAACAACUCUUUCAUAUGAAAUAUUCGCUUAUAAUGGAAUCAUUAAUGAAGGUCGAAAUCUCACCGAUCCUAGUGAUGAUUUCCCACACAUUUAUGCCUUGACAAAAUUUAAAGUAAAAUCAAAAAAAUAUCGGAAAAUAUGGGAUGAAGAAAAUCAUCCACUUUUCAUACUUGAUCAAAAGAAAGAAGAGUACUCUAAUAUUAUUAAUGCUCGGCUUCGACAUGAAUCUACACUUGUUUCUGAAGCAUAUAUUAGAUGGGUAAAGAAGAUUCCAUGGUUGACUUGUACAGAGACAGUAAGAUUAAAGUAUUUUGAAGAGCUCGCUAUUGAAGUUCAAAAUGGCUAUAAAGAAAAUGCUUUAAAUCAUUUCAAAAACCCAAAACAACAUAUUGAAAGUUGGUUUAAGUUUACUGUUGAUAUUGUUGUAGAUGAGAAUCCGGAGCAUAUAUAUAAUGACACUUUUAGAGAUGAGAUAGGUCAAAUUUAUCGUAAGAUUUGCGGCUGUCAUCACGAAAAUAAUGAUGAUUCAAAAAUUUACUACAAUAAUUAUCAGCUACGUGGCUUUAGAGGAACAAGGGAUCAAGAAAUGAAUGAGUUAGUACCAAUAGUAUGCCAUAGAAUACCAAAUAAUUACGAGGUUUGGUAUCUUGGUAAAGGAGAUUCAACAAAAUGGGGCACUGUGAAAGAUAAAGAUUUUUCAAACUGGAAAUUUGAACCUCAUUAUAAAUACAUGUUUAAUGAUCUUAUGUACUGGUCUUUUGAAAAGUUGCAUGAAGAUUUGGCAAAUUUUUAUGUAUGUGAACCGACAUCACAACAACUUAGAAAGCUAUGGUUGUUUAAAUCGCGAAUAUAA